AUGCCAGAUAUUCUCCCACAAGGGCUUCGAACAUUACCGAUACAUAUUUUGAGGAAAAGUUCUGGCAUACUUUGCUUGAAAGAUUUAGAUCUUCAUGGAGAGCUGAAAAUUAAGCACUUGCAGAAUGUUAAAACAAGAGCUGAUGCAGAAUCAGCUAACAUGAGAUUAAAGGAAAACCUAAAGUCAUUGGGACUAUAUUGGUGUGAGAAUGAUGGUCAACUAUACGAUAGAAUUGAUGCAGUGGAAGACAUUCUUGAAGCACUACAACCUCACCAUAAUCUGGAAGAACUACAUAUAGAAGGAUAUCCAGGAAUCAAAUUUCCAAAUUGGUUGCUUCCAAAUCUAAUUAUGGUUAAUUUGAGUAAUUGUAAAAAAUGUGAAUGCCUUCCUACACUUGGGAAUCUUUCAUUUCUCAAGAUGGUCUCUUUCUGUGGAAUGGAUGGUGUGAAAGGCAUUGGUUUGGAGUUCUAUGAGCUUGAAGAAUUGACCAUUAAAGGAUUUCCAAAUUUGGAAGAGUGGUCAAUUGUAAAUGAUGGACAGACAUUCCCUAAAUUAAGAAAAUUGAUUGUCAAUAACUGCCCCAGAUUAGCUAAGAUGCCAUCGUUUCGAUCUCUUCAACAUUUGGAGCUGCGAGACUGCAGCCAAACAAUAUUUUCCAAUGAAAAUCUACCUUCCUUGUCAAUCCUUGCUAUAGAAAAAAUUCCAGAACUUUGCUCUCUUCCUAGAAGUUUUCUUGUUGAGAAUACCCUUUUGACAUCUCUGGAGAUUAUAUCUUGUACCAAACUUCAUUCACUACCAUCUGAGUUGGGAAGUCUAAUUUCUUUAAAAACAUUGACCAUUCGCUGGUGCGAAGAGCUGACAUCUUUGCCACAAAGUUUGAAGAACCUGAAAGCUUUAGAGUGCUUGGAGAUUUGUGAAUGUCAUAAUAUAAUUUCUUUGCCAGACAAUGGACUUGGAGGUUUAACUUCACUUCAUAUUUUGUCCAUCGAAAACUGCAGUAAGUUGAUUUCUCUUUCCUCAAGCUUGGAGCAUUUAACAUCUCUUGAACAGUUAACCAUUAUGUAUUGUCCAAGUCUUGGUUCUUUACCAGAAGGUCUGCAGCACCUCUCUGCUCUUCGAAGUUUGACUAUGUUAAGUUGUCCUUUGUUUUCAACUCUACCGGAGGAGCUUCAAUAUGUCACCACAUUACUUUGCUUGGAAAUUCAUAGCUGUCCAGGUUUGACAGCUUUACCGGAGUGGUUUAGGAACCUCACUUCACUCAGAUCUUUGACAAUUUCAGACUGUCAUAAUUUGAAGUGUUUGCCAGAAAGUUUUGGCUUCAGUGCUCUCCAGUAUCUUUGUAUCCAAGAUUGUCCUCGUCUCGAAGAACGAAGCAAGGAAGGAAUCGGAGAGGAUUGGCCUAAAAUAGCACACGUUCCACAUAAACACAUUGGAUCACCUAGGUUCAGGAAGAGAAAAUCCAUUGCAGAAAGCAGCUCUUCUGCUUGAACUAUAUGUAUAGCUCUUUUCAGGCCUCAUUUUUGCAGGCUGAAGAGGAAACUAGUCAGGAAGUGCGCGAUAACGAAGCUUCAACAGUCAGAAGAUAUGCAGGCUAAUGGUUUUUUGUGCUGUGAACUAGGUACAGAGAAUGGUUUUUUUUUGGCUAAAAUUAGUUGUCAAUACUGCAGUUAUCUGAAGUAUAAGAUACGUAUCUUUUAGCUUUGACAACAAAACUUUCACAUCACAGCUUUAUCCAGUACUUGUUUAUCUUCUGUAUCUUAAUACAAUUGUGUAUAAGUUUGUGAUGGAAUCCAUAUUUUGUAUCUAAUUGUAAUUUACAAGAUCUGGCCAUUUUUCAGACACUAAAA